AGCGUGUGUUUGUGGCGCACCAGCAGAUGUCACUCAAGGGCGCAGUAAACACCGAGCAUGUGACACUGUGAGAGCCUGUAAGAUCCGCGGAGUGUGGUUCUGUUUUUUCUAAUAAUCCAUGACCAGCCUCUCCUGACCGAGCCUCGUCAUCAACACACACAAACAACGCUGGACGAGUGAGAAUGGCGAGCAGACGGGCCUCGGUGUCCUCGGCGGAUCUGGAGGCCUGGUUCCCGGCGCCCGGCGGCGGGGAGGAUGCGCCGGAGCUGCGGCGGCUGAGGGAGCGUCUGCGCGGCUGGAUGUCGCAGUGUGAGCCCGCGGUGCUCUGCGCGCAGCGGCUGCUGGUGUGUGAGAGGCCGCUUCACAGCAUCAUCGCCGCGCUGGCGCUCAACACGCUCUUCUGGUUCCUGUCCUCCACGUCUUUGAGACCCUUGUUCCUCCUGAGCGUGUCUCUCAUUGGACUGACUUUACUGGAGAGAUGGAAAGACAAGCUGCCGCAGAUCACUGUGUGGCCUCCUGAGGCGUCAGUCGUCCAGCGAGAAGCGCUGACUGAUCAGCCACGUCUGUUAAGCGUGGAGGAGCUCAGCCAUCAUCUCGCCGAGAGUUACCUCACCUUCAGCCUUUACAUCCAAGAAAUGCUUCAGUACAAACGCCAAAACCACGGCAAGUUCUGCAUCAUGAUGUGUUCAGGAUGUUUCAUCCUGGCCAUGGUUGGACACUACAUUCCCGGGAUAAUGAUCUCCUACAUCAUAUUGCUGAGUGUGCUGCUGUGGCCGCUGGUGGUUUACCAUGAGCUGAUCCAGAAGAUGUACACCGGACUGGAGCCCAUACUGAUGAAACUGGACUACAGCAUGAAGGGAGAGACGCAGCACCGCAAACACGACAAGAGAAAGCUGAAGAAGGAGCAGGAAGAGGGUGAUGAGCCGAGGGCAGAGACCGAGAGCGAGAGCGAGGAGGAGCUGUCAUGUUUCGCCCCGACUGUGGAUGUGAGGACUACGGCUCUGGCGAUGGCCAUCACAGACUCGGAGCUGUCCGACGAGGAGGCAUCUAUUCUGGAGAGUGGAGGAUUCUCUGUGUCCAGAGCCACCACCCCACAGCUCACAGACGUCUCUGAAGCAGACCUGGAUCAGCAGAGCGUGCACAGUGAACCAGAGGAGACGUUCUCUAGAGAUCUAGCAGAGUUCCCGUCUGUGGACGAGCUGCCUUCUAUUGAACCGGGUCUGUUCCACUUCCCGCUGGGCGUUCUCGGGUCUGAGCAGACGGGAGCGUCCCGAUCCGAGCUCCAGGAGGAGAUGCUGUCUCCGGCCAGCCGCCUCAUUCAGCACUUAGCAUCUCCGCUCCACUUUGUCAACACGCACUUUAAUGGACAUGGACAAGCGACGGCGGCGGACCAAAGCAUUGUGGGUACUGCAAAAGAGGGAGGGGGAUCGGCUGCGGGGGUUUCGAGACCCGCUCGGUCCCUGGAAGCCCUCAGCGAGGAGAUCGUGAGCACGGCCAUCUCUACCGUAGUACAGAACACUCUCUCAGCCCUGUUGCGGUCUACCGAGGCCAGCGAGGGCUCGUCAAUGGCUUCGUUUCUUCCCACCGAAAUGCCUCCUUGCCCGAUGGAAUCGCCCCUCGAGUCGCCUUCCACCCAGGAAGCCAGCGCAGAAGAAGAGGACGCUGACGUCACCGAAGCAAGCACCGAAGAGCAACCGGAUGUCACUCUUGUACCCGCCGAGGAAGAGGACUUUGAGCUUCUGGACCAAAGCGAACUUGAACAAAUGGAUGAGGGGUUGGGCCUUGGUGUCGCUGAUGGACAGGACGUGGGCGGGGCUUCCACAGACACGCCCCCGAGCAGUCAGCAGCAUGCAGACCAGCAGGAUUCCUAGCUUCAUGUCAUCUAAACUGUUUAUUUUAUUUAUAACCCUUGUAGAUACCAUAUUACUGACAUACGAUUUGUGAGAAAAGGGAAUGUUGCGGUCAGCUAUGCCUUUAUUUAAUUGUUUUCGGGAGUGAGAUCACUGUGAUUACUGGUGGGAUAUUGUUUCCUGAGCAGGUGAAUGUCCAACGCAAAUCCUUAAAGCGACGGUAAUGAGUUUGUUUGGUUUUUUGACAGAUCCAAAUGACCUUAAGCCUCAAAUCCAGCCACUCCGAUUUCAAAAGCAGUUUAAGAUAGACUUAGUUUUAAUCAUUUUCUGUAUCUAUAUUUUGACAAGGACCACAUUGUCUGCGACACAAGAACCCUGGGGUUUAUCAGUCCCACGCUGACCGUUAUCAUUAGGUUUAAUGCCUCGGCUCAUCAGAGUUUUAUUUGUUUGUAGGGCUGGUUUUGUGGAAAGACAGGGUGAGCAGGAUAUGACUGCAAAUUCGUAAUGAAAAGUUGGUUAUGUUAAAGAUUUCUUUUCAUAAUCAUAGCUUAACUAAUAUAUUCCUAUAAAGGAUGGUUUUAUUCAAACUGGUUAGAGUUCAGAACCGUUUACUAUUAAAUGCGUCUCAAAUAAAUAAUAAAGCUGCAAGAUUUAUAUUCUGGGAGACGGAAGUCAAAAAAGUUUAGCGUGUUGCAAUUGCAAAUAAAAUCGUUUUGAGAAAUCGAUAUUGGAUCGUGCCAUUUACUGAAUUUUGAGGACGUAAUCUGUAAAGUACUUCUGUCGCACAAAGAUGUUUGUGAAUGCAGCGUAGCACACUUCAGCUUUCAGAAAAGUUCUCUAUUGUUAGUGCUUGAUGUUUCCCCUGUAUUCAGCUCCUAUUCAGACUCGGUAUAUUAGAAUUGGUCGCACUUUUGAAGUAUUGUUUGUGUGCACAUUUGCAGGACUCCUAGUUUUUUAUAACCAUGCCAAACAUACGGUUGUUCGAGAGUUUGGGGUCAGCGCAAACAGGUUCAACAUUAAAAAUAAUCAUAAAUGCUUCUUGAGCAGCAAAUCCGUAAACUGGAAUGAGUGAUGAUGCUGAAAAUCCAGCUUUGCAUCACAGGAAUAAAUUACAUUAAAAUAGAAAACAUCAAAUAACUUGAUCAAAUAAAUACAGUCUGGGAGAGUAUAAAGGACUUACCGACUCCAAACUCUUGAACAACCGUGUAAGUUUCAUUGUACAAAUCACAUCAAGAGCUCACAGAUUGCCUGAAAUACCAUUUACAUGAUAAACUGUUCGAGGUUUAGGUAGAUUUCGUGCAUGGGCUUGACUGAAUUGUUUUCCCUUUUUUAAUUGAAAUGAACAUUCAUAAGAGGGGAAUCCCAAGUGAACGAUCGAGCCUUAUUUGUAUGUAUCUUUGUAAGAUGUUCGUAAUAAUAAGUCAUCAAGGUAUUUCUAGAAUUGACGACAUGAAACUAACAAGAAUCUGAUCAUUCAUUUCUCUUCAUGUCAGUGUCAGAGCUCAGUGACUUCUUGUGUGACAAUGAAAGAAUAGAAGAUUUUAUGAUCCUAUAUAUAUAUAUAUUUUUCAAUUAUUAAUCUUACUAAAGGGAAAUAUCUUUUAAACUGGAAACGCGUGUGUAAAACAAUGUAUAUAUUUACCUAAGGCCUGUAACAUGGGAUGUUUUUCAGAUCUGUCGACUGAUUGGAAACAGAUUGACAUUCCUCUAAAUUCAGAAGUUAUUCUUGUACUGUGUCCUAAUAUGAGGAAAAGAAAUAUUAUAAUUUUGUUUAUCCCCACCCACUGUAAAAUCUGAUUGGUCUAAAAUCCUGCGCCACAUAGUUGCACAUAUGUUCUGCGUUGCUGUGAUUGUAUUUUUAGUUCAAAUGUGGAAAAACAAACUGCUUGUCGCAUCUCAGCUGUUUGGUUAGCAGUGUGUAUCUGUGUUUUUGCUUUGCGUUUUGCUCCUUCUCCUGUAGAUACCCACAAACUGACACAUCCGAUCCAGACCGCAGAGAUUUGUGUUUUCAGAUAUUUACAGAGGUCAUCUUUGUGUAAUAGUGAUUGUGUUUUGCUCAUGCUGUUACUGCUUUAUGAUCUAUAAAAAAGCACUUAGAGCAUUUAACUCCAAAA